AUGGAAUUUCAGCUUCAAUUCGAAAAGCUCAGGGAUCACAUGGUAGAAGAGAUGGCCAAAAUGACGGCCCGGUUGACCGAAGAACUGUCGCAAGCGCGAGAGCAACUCACCCAAGCCCGCCGCGAGCUCGAGGACACCAGACUGCAGCUCCACACCAUGAACCAGGCUCAGGAAGCCCCUCUUGCUCGGCCGUGCGAACACAUCGAAGAGGCUACACCAGUGGCUCUUCGCAAACUCAUCGAGAACGAGAUGCGAGCGCCGGGAGACCAACCCAAAUGGCGUUGUCUUGCCGUUACCAGAGACAGAGGAAACAUCAACCGCCUUAGGAUCGUUGGCAGGAACGAAGCGGAAGUAAAGAGAAUCAAGGACAUCAUCGAAGCGAAGAAGGCGCCGGGUGCACACGUCCUACGUGACCAGCUGUACCCAGUCAAAGUUGACAACGUCAACCGUACGGCCGUUCUCGACCCUGAAGGCAAAGUACUCCCCGGAGCGGCGGAAACCCUGGGCCGAGAGAACGACGUGCAGAUCGCCAAGUUGGCUUGGUUGAGCCGGAAGGACACUGCGAAAGCGUAUGGAUCGAUGGUGGUAUAUAUCACCAAAGCCGGCGAUGCUAAGAGGCUCAUCAAUGAGGGUUUCUUCCACGCGAGAGGCGAAUCGGGAUACACGGGAAUCUUCGAACGUCGGGCGCGGCCGAACCAAUGCUACAACUGCCAGCAGAUUGGCCACAAAGCUUUCCAGUGCAGGAACCCUCAAGUGUGUGGAAUGUGCGCUAGUGAGGGCCCACCGUCACAGCGAGUGCUCAGCAGCUAUACCGAAGACGCUGCCGUCAUAGCCAUUCAGGAACCCCAGGCGCGGAGGAUCCAAGGACGGCUUCUGACGACCCCUAUGGAGCAUCACAAAUGGACCAAGAUGAUCCCGUGCACGUUGAAGGAAGGUAGAUGGGCUAUCCGGAGCAUGCUCUGGGUGAACAAAAUCGUGGAAGCCGAGCAGGUGGCAGUGGACUCCCCGGACAUCACGGCAGCAGUCAUACGGCUUCCUCGCGAGCGCGUAGUCCUGGUCGCGUCCGUCUACGUACCGUGUGGGGACGGCGAGGCACUAAAAGACACCUGCGAGAACCUCCGCAGGGUGGUAGCAAAGGCGAAACGGGGCGUAGGAACGACUGUCGAUAUAGUGGUUGCAGGUGAUUUCAACUGCCACGACCAAUUGUGGGGAGGAGACGACGUCUCAUCCGUGAGACAAGGGGAAGCCGACCCCAUCAUCGACCUCAUGAACGAGCUGACUCUGAGCACUCUACUCCCAAGGGGACACAAUAACAUGGCAAGCAGGUGGAUACGUCUUCGAUAUUUGAGGUACCUGUGCCCGACGCACCACGACCGACUGCUUCUCAAGAACGCGCCAUGGAAAGACAUCAGAGCCAAAAUUGCAAAUACACUAGGGGACACCCCAGCGGAGGGGACAGUCCAGCAGAGAACGGACCGCCUGAUGUCCACUGUCUCAGGCGCGGUUCAUUCCCUCACUCCCAAAGCCCGGCCAUCGCCAUACGCAAAGCGAUGGUGGACUACGGACCUGACGCAGCUACGUCACAUCUACACGCACUGGAGGAACCGCGCUCGCUCGGAACGCCGGGCAGGUUGGACCACAGCCGAGAUUGAGGAAUUGGCAAAGGGUGCAGCAAAACAGUACCACGAUGCCAUCCGGCAGCAGAAGAAGAAGCACUGGGCCGAGUUCCUUGCGGACAACGACAACAUUUGGAAGGCUGCAAAGUAUCUAAAAUCCGGAGAUGAUACCACGUUUGGAAGGAUCCCGCAACUUGUUAGAGCAGAUGGUACAUCCACGGCCGAUCAUAGAGAACAGGCCGAAGAGCUCCUAACAAGAUUCUUCCCGGCCUUGCCCGAUACGAUCGACGAUGAAGGUCCAAGACCACAGAGGGCACCCAUCAUGACGCCUAUCCUUACGAUGGAGGAAGUCGAACGACAGCUGUUCGCAACGAAGUCCUGGAAGGCACCAGGGGAGGACGGUUUGCCGGCAGUGGUGUGGAAGGAAGUCUGGCAGGUGGUCAAGCACCAUGUACUGGCGCUCUUCCGUGCCUCACUGGAGGACGGGGCCCUUCCCAGCCAGUGGCGACAUGCUAAUAUCAUCCCGCUCAAGAAACCGGGCAAAAAGGACUACACCAUCGCAAAGGCGUGGAGACCAAUCUCCCUCCUAGCAACGCUGGGCAAAGUGCUGGAGUCGGUGAUCGCGGAACGGCUGUCCCACGCCGUGGAGACCUACGGCCUCCUGCCCACCAACCACUUCGGCGCGCGGAAGCAGCGAUCAGCAGAGCAGGCGCUGGCCUAUAAAGCCAACUCGGAGCCCUUUACGAUCAAGGGUCAAGAUGUUCAGCCGAAAGACCACGUUAAGAUCCUUGGAGUGGUCAUGGAUGCCAAGCUCAGGUAUAAGGAGCAUAUCGCAAGAGCGGCCUCCAAAGGGCUCAGCGCGGCGAUGGAGCUGAAACGGCUCAGUGGUCUAUCCCCGGCUACGGCGCGGCAGCUGUUCACCGCCAUGGUCGCGCCAGUGGUGGACUACGCAUCCAGCGUCUGGAUGCACCAAUGUAAUUGGAAGACCGCGCCGGCCAUACACAGGGUGCAGAGGGUCGCGGCGCAAGGGAUCAUAGGAACGUUCAGCACGGUAGCAACACGCGUAGCAGAAGCAGAAGCUCACAUCCCCACGGCUCAAGAUCGAUUCUGGAAGAGGGCGAUCAAGAUGUGGACGGACAUCCACACCCUACCAGAGACGAAUCCACUCCGCAACACCACUUCCCGGAUGCGCAAGUUCCGGAGAUCCUACCGCUCCCCUUUCUUUCAACAAAAAGAGACAGAGUGGGCGGUCCGGAUCGCCGUAAGCAGCUCCGCACGAAACAACAUGGUCGGGAUCGGAGGAGUCGUCCGUCUCCCGCUGCCGAUGCGAGAUGGCUCAAGGAACGAAGCCUUUAGUGUGACGCUGGGCUCCAGGUCGGAGCAAAACCCGUUCUCAGGCGAGCUUGCGGCUAUUGGGUACGCGUUGAGGUUGAUUCGAAAUAUCAGGUACCGAAAGAUCAUCCUUGCCACCAGCAACAAGGCAGCCGUGAUGGCCUUGGAGCGACCACACCAGCAAUCAGGACAACAAUAUCUCUGUCAGGCGUACGAUGCGAUAAGUGCCUUACGCAAGGCGGGAAACACGAUCUCGGUCGUCUGGAUCCAAGCGGGUACCAAAAACGAGCUCCUGAACACAGCCAAAGCGAAAGCAAAGGAAGCAACACGGCAGGACGCUACGCCACAAACGCAGGAUCCUGCCAUGCGGUCAACAGCCCUCCGUAUCGCAUGGGCAAAGCGGGCACCGCCCACGUCCUUACCUGACAAAGUGGGCAGACAUUCCAAGAGAGUCGAUAUAGCGUUACCAGGGAAGCACACCCAACUAUUAUACGACCACCUGUCCCGAAGCGAGGCCGGCGUGCUUGCUCAGCUUAGAACAGGCAUGGCCAAGCUCAACACAUACCUGCAUCGCAUCAAAGCAGCACCGUCAGACCAGUGGGGAACCUCUCCUUCUACCUGGGAAGGAAAGUCGCCCUCGGAUGACAAGGACUGGUCCCCCAACAUGCGGGCGGUGCGGGCGACGAUACGUUUUGCCAUUGCCACAGGUCGUCUGAGGACUGAACAACAACAGAAUGAAGCAAACUAA